AUGACUCACUCCCCCGCAGGUCUGUCGGCAAGAAGCAAGAGCAGCCCAUUGACAUCAUUUCUCCUCCAAGAGAGUGGGCUUGGCAGAGAUUCAUACCGCAAAGCACAUGAGUUGGCAGACUGUGUCAGAAAGGAGUUCACCUUUCAAGGAUAUGAGAUGAGGGGACCUGUUGCUGAAUUGGUCAAAGCAGGUGGCGGAGGCCGACACCGGAACAAUGUUCGACGCGAUUGGUUUAGGCAGAUGGGCCGCAUGGACCGUGAUCACCGUGCACCUAUCACAUGGGUGGAUGUCCCAAUCCUGGAGUAUGGUGAUCAGGGGUGGCAACGUGUUCAAAAGUGCCUUGCUGAUUUCAAUCAUUUUUGUAGCAGUUUCCCACCAAGAUCAAAUUAA